AUGAUGGAGGAAGGGCCCCCCAACUCCAGUGAAGGCCAGCAAGGCUGGUUCACGGCCAGAAACGGCAGCGGCAGCUCCUUGGACCUGGAGUCCGUGAUGCAACCCCUCGCCUUGAACCCGUGGGACGUCGUCCUCUGCAUCUCCGGGACCAUUAUCUCCUGCGAGAACGCCAUCGUGGUGGUGGUCAUCUUCUACACCCUGGCUUUCCGGGCUCCUAUGUUCCUCCUCAUCGGCAGCUUGGCCACAGCCGACUUCCUGGCCGGUUUGGGGUUGAUCCUGCAUUUUGCCUUUGUCUACUUCAUCCCGUCGGAGGCGGUCAGCCUGCUCAUGGUAGGGCUCCUGGUCACCUCCUUCACGGCCAGCGUCAGCAGCUUGCUGACCAUCACCAUCGACCGCUACCUGUCCCUCUACAACGCCCUGACCUACUACUCGGAGAGGACGGUCACCAGGACUUAUAUCAUGUUGAUCCUCACCUGGGGAGCCUCCAUCUGCUACGGGCUCCUGCCCGUCAUGGGCUGGAACUGCCUGAAGGAGCCCUCCGCCUGCAGCAUCGUCAAGCCCCUGACGAAGAAUCACCUCAUCAUCCUCUCCGUCUCCUUCUUCAUGGUCUUUGCGGUGAUGCUCCAGCUCUACGUGCAGAUCUGUAAGAUCGUCUGCCGGCACGCCCACCAGAUCGCCGUCCAGAGACAUUUCCUGGCCAGUUCCCACUACGUCACCACCCGAAAAGGCAUCGCCACCUUGGCCGUCAUCCUGGGCACCUUCGCUUCGUGCUGGCUGCCCUUCGCCAUUUACUGUCUCCUGGGGGAUUACAGCUACCCGGCCCUCUACACCUACGUCACCCUCCUCCCCGCCACCUACAACUCCAUGAUCAACCCCGUCAUUUACGCCUUCAGGAACCAGGAGAUCCAGAAAGUGCUGUGGACCGUGUGCUGCGGGUGCUUCUCCUCCACCAUGCCUUUCCGGUCCCGCUCCCCCAGUGACGUCUGA